AUGAUGGCUGAUAGACCUGGAUUUAAAUUUACAUUAGAAAAAAAUGAUGAAAUAAAUUAAUUAGGUGUUACAGUAUUUAUGCCAGAAUAAAAAAAUUCUGAUUUAGAUUGGGAUUAUUUAGCAGGAUAUGAAUAGUAAAAAAGAGAUAUUGAAGAUACAGUACUUUUAUCACUUUAAUAUCCUGAUAUUUAUGAUAAAAUUACAAAUGUUACAAGAAUGAAAUAAGAACCUAAUAGACCUAAGGCUGUAAUAUUUGAAGGACCACCAGGGACUGGAAAAACAACUUCAGCAAAAAUAAUUGCAUAAUAGGUUAAUAUUCCUCUAAUUUAUAUGCCUUUAGAAGCUUUUAUGUCUAAGUUUUACGGAGAAUCAGAAAAAUAAUUAUCAGAUAUAUGGGAAGCUUGUAAAUAAUUAGGUAAAACAAUAAUUUUUAUUGAUGAAAUUGAUGCAAUAGCAGGAUCAAGAGAUUCUGAUAUGCAUGAAGCAUCUAGAAGAAUUUUAUCAACUUUAUUAAGAAAAAUAGAUAGUUUUGAAAGUAAUUAAGAUGUUCUUUUGAUUUGUGCGACUAAUAGAAAAUAAGAUUUGGAUGCAGCUAUGCUUUCUAGAAUCGAUAUUUCUAUUAAAUUUGAAAAUCCAGAUACUCUUUCAAGAGAAGCUAUUUUUAAAAGAUAUGCUAAACAAUUGAAUUAAAACUAAUUAUAAUAAUUGGCCUAAAUGUCUGAUAAUUUUUCAGGAAGAAAUAUUUCUGAUGUUUGUAAAGAUGCGGAAAGGCGGUGGGCUAGUAAAUUAAUAAGAAAAGAAGUUGAAGGUAAUGCACCUGAUUUCGAAUAAUAUAAGUCUUCAUUAUUAAAUAGACUUGGAUAAGGUUUAAAGUGA